UAAUAGUCAGUUUACCGCGAGACUCCGCAGCGACAAGUAGAACAGCAGUGCUGCGUGAUGGCAGUGGCGGUGGCGGUGGUGUAGAUGCCGCGGACCGCGAAAGUAGUGACAGUGACCGAGUGGCAGUGACAGUGAUAGUGACAGAAUGCGGAUCAGUUCUGUGCUCAAGCAGGUGUCCGUGGAGCCUAUGCUUGUGCUGUAUUACGUGGCCGCAGCCAUAGCGACCCUAGCCGGCACCAAUCUGGUGCUGCUGAAAGCUUGCAAUCCACAUCAUUCCCCGGCAGAAGGCGACACUUGCGACGAGGUGGCCGCCCAGAAGGUUGUGACCGCCAUCAACACCUGGAGACCCAGCUUCGAGUACAGCAUACCCGUACUGUUCAUCCUCUUCGCGGGUGCCUGGAGUGAUGCACACGGCAAGAGGAGAAAGCCUUUGAUGAUUCUUCCCAUCGCGGGGGAAAUUGUCACCCUCUUCUACAUCACCAGCAGCGUCUACUUUUGGAAGUGGACUCCUGAAAUGACCGCACUCUUCGAAUCCUUAUUCCGCGGCCUGACUGGAGGCCGGACGUGUUUUUCUUUUGGCGCGAUCACCUACAUUGCCGACAACACCUAUCCCGAACAAAGGACCUUCCGUUUAGCCAUAAUCACUGCCCUGAUAUUCAUCUCUUCUCCUAUCGGUAACGCGUUGGGAGGUAUUCUGAGAGUGACCUUCGGAUUUUACGUGGUGUUUAACGUGUGUUUGAUUUUGAACUUGUUAGCCUUGCUAUCAGGGUUGAUAUUGAUGAAGCGUUACAAUGACGAGGAGCGUUUGGAAAAGUCUUGUGGUCUUCCGGAACUUAAAAAAACUUGGAAAACAGUGUUCAAAGAAAGAACAGGCCAUAACAGAACUAUUAUUUUAUUGAUGUUGAUAGUGUCUCCUCUAUUUGGAGGAUGUCUGAUCGGCGAAUAUUCAGUACUUUAUUUCUACCUCAGAUACAAAUUUCACUGGGGUGAAGCAGACUACGGUUUCUAUUCAGCUUUUAGAAUGUCCCUGACAUUCUUCGGUACCUUGAUAUCGAUAGGGGUGCUCUCAAGGAUGUGCCGCCUCUCUGACGAGGUCAUCGGCUUGAUAGCAACGACGUCUCAGAUAGUCGCCGCCCUGGGCAACACCUUCGCGCAGUUCCAAUGGCAGAUGUUCUUGUACCCCACUUUGGAUCUAAUGCACGGCGCCAUUUAUACUGUGGGUCACUCUAUUGUAUCCAAGGUGGUGGACUCUGUAGAGCUGGGGAAGGUCAACAGUGUCCUAGGAACCGUGGACUCCCUCAUCCCCCUCAUCGUGUUCCCUCUGUACAACAGGACGUACAGCAUGACGUUCCAAGAGAAGCCGGGUACUUUCUUUCUAAUCAGCGUGGCCUUCGCCAGUGUCACUUGGGUGAUUUUCCUCACAGUCAUCGUGCUCCGAAUGAAGCAAAGUGCAAAAGUCCACACCACCGUCAACUGAUUCCAAAAAGUUCUGAACAAUUCGAAUAGAGUAAUUGUAUUGUUUACUCAUUUGUGUUUUAAGGUGAUGAAAUAUUACGGGUAGAUAAUAAGUUAGAUAAUUAACGUGUAGUACAAAUUCUAUGUGUAGUUGUGUUUGUUAUAAUAUGUAAUAUCGCACAAAAUUCAGAAGUAAAGAUCAAUCCAAAUCAAGGAUAAUUUCCAAUAAGAAAUAUAUACUGGACGAAUGUUAAAUGAACAGUCCGAAAAUAUGACUUCACGUAAUGAUAAUGAGUGCAUUAAAAAUCCAAAAUUUAUUAAUGAACUGUGUGUCAUUAAAUGAGUAUAUGGACGCGGCCAAAUUAAUAUUGGGCGUAGAAACAAAGACGAAACUUCGUCAAGGCCAACUGGUGAACCCACUUUUGGCGCGGAAUCUGGUAAAUGGGUUAUCGAAUAGUAGAGACCUGCCGACUCGAUAUUGGUGUUCAAAUUGUCGUUGGGAAGUUUCUCUAUCCCAACGAGGACGUGAUGGAACGCACCUAUUGAUGAUUAUGAGGGGGUUUAUUCGAUCCAGUAGCUGUCUGAGGGAUAAAAACACGAAAUAGACAGUGUCGUAACUAGAAAUAAUAUUUUAGGAGACGUGAUACAUCCAUUAUACAAGAAGAUACCCAUUUAAAAAUUAUAACUUUAAAAAUGUUAAUAUAGUUAGACUGGGUUUAAACAUAUUUACAAACCUAACUUAUCCACGUAUUUAAAAAGUCACACAUUCUCUUAAUGACUCGUUAUUACUUUUAGCUUCAGUUCAGAAGCUGAGAAUUGUAAUUUAUCUAGAACUUAAAUUACAGUUUUAAAAAGUUUAAAAUGAUUUGAACUUUUUAAAUAGAAUCCACUCAAAAUGAUUUUAGAUACCACAACAACAUUAUAAAAAAUAUAGUACAAUAAAUUAUACUUAAUAUUAUUAAGUACUUCUUGCGAUAUCUGCUUGGGUGAAAACAAUAUUUAUACUGUUCUACAAGCAAAAUAAUAUUCAAAAACUUAGUUUUUGCACUAUUGAUAAGAAAUAUUACCUUGAAUUUUAAGUACAUCUACAUUACUGUUCACACUGAGAUAUUACUGUAGAUAAACAUAUUUUUUCAGAAUAUAUAGUGUACGUAACCAUGAUGUGAUUCUUGUUAUAAUUGUUUCAUGUUAAUAAAGAUAUUACACAAAGA